AUCUUCAUAGUAGAGAUCAACUCUCUAUGGAAGAUGUCAAGGCGGCUCUGAAUUCAAGAGAAUUGAAGAAGAAGGUGUCCGAAGACAAGAGUGGUGAUCAAGCAGCAGGAUUGGUCAUAAGAGGUAGACAAAGUAAUAGAACUUUCAACAAGCGAGGAAAGUCUCAAUCCAAAUCGAGAGCCAAGCAUGGUCGAUGUUACGGGUGCAAUGAGAUGGGACAUUUCAAGAAAAAUUGUCACAAGCUCAAGGAGAAAAAAGCUGAAAAAUUCGAUGAUGCUAACAUUGCCAGUUGUAGUGAUAAUUUAGAUGAUGAAGAUUGUGUUUUACCUAUCUCUACAAACUCCUCCACCACUAGCACGGUGGUUCUUGGUGAUGAUACAACAUUGUCUAUUGUUAGAAUUGGCAACAUCUGGAUCAAGAUGUAUGAUGGGACAGUCAAAACAUUCAAGGUUCGUCAUGUGUCAGGUUUGAAGAAAAAUCUCAUUUCCAUGAGUGAGCUUGACUCCAAAUGCUAUCGAUACUCCUGGGAAGGUGGAGCUCUCAAAGUCUCUAAAAGAGCUCUUGCAAUAUUGAAGGGGAAGAAAGUUGGUGGUCUUUAUCACUCACAAGGAAGCAUAGCCAAUGGCACAUGUGUUGUGUCAACUUCAAGUAGUCAAGAUAAAGAUGUGACUUGGUUAUGGCAUAUGCGACUUCGGCAAAGGAGUGGAGCUGUGUAUAUGUUGACCUUCAUCGAUGAUUAUUCAAGAAAGGUGUGGGUAUACAAAUUAAAGAGUAAGAGUGAUGUGUUCCUCACCUUUAAGCAAUGGAAGACGCUGAUUGAGAAGCAGAGUGGAAAACAAAUCAAACGCCUAAGAACAGGCAAUGGUCUUGAGUAUUGCAGUGGUGAGUUUGAUACUUUUUGCAAGAAUAAUGGAAUUGUGAGACAUCGCACUGUCAGGAUGACACCACAGCAAAAUGAUGUUGCAGAAAGGAUGAAUCAUACACUCUUGAAGAGGGCAUGGUGUAUGCUCUCAAAUGCUAGAUUAUCAAAGGAAUUUUGGGCAAAAGUUGUCAAUCAUGCUAACUAUCUUGUAAAUCGGUCUCCAUCCACAACAAUUGGAUUAAAGACUCUAGAAGAAUUAUGGUCAAGUUCUCCUGCUGAUUAUUCACAGUUAAGGAUAUUUGGUUGUCCUAUGUAUGCUCAUGUUAGGGAUGGUAAGCUUGAGCCAAGGGUAGUGAAGUGCGUAUUUCUAGGGUACGCUUCCGAGGUAAAAGGCUAUAAACUAUGGUGUGUUCAGAAGUCACCUCGAUUCCUCAUAAGCAGAGAUGUAACCUUUGAUGAGUUUGCUAUGCUCCAAAAAGCAAAAAAGGAGUCAACAAUUGCAAAGCCAGACCAUGGAGUUAGCAAGCAGGUGGAGUUUGAAGCAACAACUCCAGAAAAGGCAGUGUGAGAUGGCAAUAUUAUCCAAGAGAAUCUAGAUGUGGUGCAAGAUCCAGAGCUAAUAGAUACUCCAAUGGAGGUGGAAGCACCUGAACAAACACAACAACAGUAAAAUAUUGCUACUGGU